AUGAAGACGUAUUUGUGGCCACCGGCCGAAAUCCGGUUUGUCGACAAUAUCAAUGUGGAAUGGACGGAGCACGACGUUGCUUCUGUGAUGUUCUCAAUUAUGAAAUUGCUUGAUGUUAGUUCCGCGUAGAAGCUUAAUUGAUUGGAAAUUGCAUUGAGAAAGUUUUCAGAUCGAAUGGCAACCUCCUUGUAAUCAACUUUUGGAACGUCAUAUCGAUGAUAAAUCCGCACUAAAUUUGUUCAACCACCUUGGCAAAAAUAUAUCUGUUUUUUGCAGUUGGUUUUAUUAUUCAUUAGAGUUGUUGAAAAAUCGUAUUUUUUAUAGUUUCGGAUUAUUACAUCCCUAGUUAAGUGCGCUCUAUCGAUAAAGAAAGUUUUUUUUAAAUAAAAUUUCGGACAUUCGCAAUGCAAAAACGGACUAGCUCCGGACGUUUCUGUGCAUUUCUAGUAUCACUUAAGAGCGCUGACGCUACUAAAGCGGUCACUAGAAAUGCCCAGAAACGUCUGUUUCGCGUUGCCAUUGUCCGAGUAUGUAAAAUUCAAUAUUUUUUCUAAUAUUCAGUUUUUUCAUUCAAAGCCAUUUUCUGUAGUUUAUAAAGGAGCAGUGGACCGAUCACAUAAUGUCUUGAAAAGAAAUGCGACGUUGUUUUGAUUGUGAAUAGUUUCUGCUCCUUCAUAAAGUCGAGGAAGCUGUUUUGAUUUCACAAUUGUUAUGGAAACGUUGUUUUCAAAGGCCAUAUUGACAUUUACAAAGUAACUUCCUCGUAAAAUUACUUCUGCCUUCCCAGAAUGUAGUUAUCUUUUUCUCUCUGUGACGGCCAUUUUUGAUCACUUUUAACCCGGAAAUAGGCGUAAAAACUUUUUUUUGUUUCUUUGAAAAAUCUUCCCAAAACAUAGGUAAAACGGAAAAGUUCCUUUGAGGAUCCUCAAAGGAUCCUGAGAGGGAGAUAAAAAGCUUCCUCCAAAAGCUCCUAAAAUGAUGUAAAAAAGCUUUUGAGCACCUUUUUCAUAGCCUCAGAGGAUCCUUUUUGAAUCCUCUCGAAUCUUUUUAGUUGCUUUCCAGCAUCCUUUUUGUUAGAGGAUGUGAAAAAGAUGCAAAAAAGAAGUGAAACGAUAUAAAAAAGAUCUGCUGGGGACCCUUUCAAGGUCUUUUUUUGAGAAAAGCUUUUGGGGAGCUUUUCAGUUUUGCCCGAGAAGUUUAUUUUUUGCACUUUUUUUGCUCGUAUGUUUUGAGCCCCUAUUCAAUUACAUCACAUGCUCCUGGUAGAAAUUCGCACAAGUUUCUUUUUUUUUAGAGCGCUAUUUACUUCUUUUUUUCCCAAAAGAAAAGAGUUGUGAAAAAAAUGAUAGUUUUUCAAAAGUCUUUUUUAGUUAGAGCUUUGUUCUAAUCUUUUAUGUUCAUUGAAAAAAGCUUACGAUUUUUUGAAGUUACUGGACAUUGUAACUAAGAAAAACUGUAACAACACUCCACGAAUAACAUAGGUUUCAUGUAACGGUCCUUCAUUUUUAAUUGAUGAAAUUUUAGAAUCUCUGCGCCUUUAAACAUCCCGAAAAUCUGGCGAAAAUAGGCUUUAAAAACGCAUUUUUCUUCCAGCCUGGUUGAACUUCAAUGAUAUAAAGUACAUGGCUCUUCAAAUGAAUACAGACAAAUGGAGUUUCAUAACAACGUCAUGGCAGGAGAUUAAGCGGCACCAACCGGAGGGCUGUCCUCAUACUUGGAACGCUCUUUUCGAAGUCAAUAACAAUUUUCUAUUCAUUUAAAGCUCGAACUUUUCAGAACUGCACCCCGAUUUUGAUGACCAGAAAAGGGCAGUUUCUAAAGUAUUCAAAAUUGCGCGAAAAGGUUUACGGGACCGUCGAUAAGGUCGACAUGACUUUCAAGGAACUUUUAGCCAAAUAUAGGCGUCCCGAAAUAAGUGUGAGUGAAAAAAAAACGAAUAUUGAAAUGGAAAAUUAUUUUUUGCAGAUAGAGAUUUACAAAAAGGUGUGCGAGUGGUCCGAUCUCAAGAUCCACACGAUGGAGAAGAAAUAUUUUUUUGUGGAGAAAAAACAGUUCUGUGACGUUUUGGGGGACGGCGUCGCCGACAUGCCCGACGACUAUGCGAAGAACCUCGCCGAGUUCCUUUUGAACCACGGCGACAAGUAUUUGCCGCUGUCUUUCGCCGGAAAUAUGCUUUUUUACGUGAACAACGAGAUCGGAAGGGUUUGUUUUGCCUUGUAAUGCAAAUUAGGUAUAGAAUUCGACAAUUUACUUCGAGUCUGAUAUUUUUUUCUUACUUUUCAAAAAAUUUACACUGUUCGAGAAAAUCAGUUGAAAGAGAAAUAAAAAGCGCUACCUACUGAUUUAUACUUUUCUGAAAAUUUCUCAAUAACUUCCGUUUUGAAGCUAAUCUCAGGUUUUUGGACUUGAAUUCUAGAAAAACCUUUUUAUUUACGAAACCAAUUUUUUUCUAGAAUGAACGGUGUAAUUUGAUCUUUGAAUAAGAUAACAUUUUUCCUGUUAUUCUCGUAAGCUUUAAUCAACAUAAUUUCAACGAAUCAUCAAAACAAGUCUAAUUGUUAUGCCCUCGUGCAAAAACAAUAUAAUUUAACUAUGAUGCUUCAUCAUCUAUCCUUCUAAAAAUAGAAUUUCAGUCGGCGGACUUCGAUUUCUACCUGAAAGAAUGUGAGACACGCGAAUCCCUUGUGGAAAAGAUAGAAAAGAGCCGACGUUACUGUAUCAAAAAGCCGUUGAUAACGAAGCUUCUGGACGAUUUCGAGUACUGCAGACCGUAUAAAUACGUUCUUCCGCGAAUCCGCUGCGACGACUUCGAAGACAGAAUUGCCGAAUAUAUUGGUCCGUUUUUUAUAGAAAUUGAGCCGUUUUAACUUUCAUUGAAGGUGGUGAAUCCAACUGUCUUUGUGAUGAUAAGCUUUGUGGGUGAGUUUCAGGAAACUCAAAACUUUCCCCAAUUUCCCCAACUUUCAGAUGCAGUUGCGAUGAAGAGGAAACGAAGAAGAAAAAGAAAAAAGGGGGCAAGAAAAAGGGCAAAAAGGGAAAUGUUUAUAAGGAUAAGUUACAGGCUCCGAUUAUAAAGUUUCUUGGAAUUUUUUUCAAAAAAUGAAGGAUUUUUUCAGUGGACCUUCUGUUAAUACUCAGCCGGAAAAUCGAGGCUCUGAUCAACUUGGGUGAGUUUUUUUGUGUCAUGAGAAAAGAAAUUGCAAAUUGCGCAGGCUGCUAUUUUUUUGGAUCGGCUGCAGAUUUUAAUUUUCGUUUCAAAUUUUCUUAUUGAAGUUUCUAUGAAAUGAAUCUUUGGGGUUGAUUUCUGAUGGAAAUUCCCAACAUAGACCUGGUUUUUUUGAGUUUUUUUAUGAUUGAUCUUCAUAAACAAAACUUUUUUUGAUGAUUUCCAUAAAGAUGAACUUCUAUUUCAUCAGUUUCAGUCCGAAAUUCGCUUCUAAUUUCUCCAUGAAAAUCAAGUUUAUGGUUGUAUUUUCGCUUUCAUUUUUUUAGGCAAGAAAAUGUGUAGAGCUUUUCAUCAAUAUUUUUCUACUUCGCAAAAACAUUUCAGCCUCAUGAAGCCUGGGAAGCCUAGUCAACCGACCAAACUACGGAAAGAACAGGAAGAAAAGGAGAUAAUUGUGAAAGAGGAGCCCAUUUUGACCAAAAAAUGCUCCCUUUGCUUUGUCGUUGAUCGUCUUGACGUUGGAUUCGAACAGGUUUUUCAAGAAAGAGAGGAAAAAUCUACUUUUCCAAUAAUUAGGUCUGCUGCCACGCGAGCCCGCCCUGUAUCCUCGUUGUCCAUAAAAAAUGUAUGAUGAAGGCGAUGGCGGAUCAGGGCCACCUGAAAAAGAGAGAUUACAAGGUGAAUCGGGAGUAAAGACCAUUAUUCAGGUGUUUAUUCAAGGUAAUGGUUAGGUUUUGGCUCGAUUUUUGAAGUACUUUCAAAUAUUUAUUGACAAAAGCUGUUCAGAAAACUUCUUUCAAUCCUUAUAUGUAUAAAUAUAAUAGAUUCUGAAUUUCUCGACAUUUUGCAAACUUUGUUUUCGGUUUUCCGUACAAGUAGAACUAAACAAAAAACGUUUUCCUCUACAAAAUUGAAAUCUAGGAGGCCAACUGCCCUACAGACGGCUGUGGAGCUCCACUCGACAACUUUUUCGACUUGCACUCGGAUGGAACCGAAGGAAAGGUAAAAUCAUCAUUUUUAAACAAAAAAUUAUUCAAAAGUUUUCAGCCUUUAUUCUGCAAUUUAACCUUUGCGAAGGAAAAAGAGGCGCGAGCGGCUGAAGCGGAGAAAAAGCGGCUGGAAAGUUUGGCGAAGAAAAAGCCGAAAAUUAAGAAAGUUCAAGUCCAUAAUCCGCGAGGUUUACUAAAGAAAAAAAACUGGAAAACUGUGAUUUUCAAGAAAAUUCGAGCGUUUCAACUGUCGAAGUUCUCGAUGAAUCUCUGAGGAUUGAAGAAAAAGAACCGGCGAAGGAAGCUCCGAUAGUGCCGCCUACGGUUCGAAGAUAACUCAGGAAAUAUGAGAGUAGUCACUUGAGUAAUGUGUGUUUGGAGUGAUGUCACUGUGUCAUCAAAAUUAUUAAAAACAAUUUUAGAACGGACAAAGUAUUUUUUCUCAUCUUCUGGUUGAAAAAUUGCUAAAAAAAAAGACUGCAUCACAGUUUAGCAAAAUGUUUUUUUAAGUUCUGAUGCUUGCAAGUUUUCCAAUCUCUCUUGAGUGACAACUAUAGAUUUCCUUCCCGAACGCGAAUUAUUGAUUAAUUAACUCAACGUUCAGCCCAUUAAAAUCGCGCCGGAAAACGUGAUAACGAAUCCUGAUGAAGAAGGCAUCACGACAGUCAGAUUGGAAAGAAAAGUUGACGUCGCCGUGGCCAAAUACGACGCCGGAAAGAAUAGGAAGAAGUUCAAGGGGAAAAGGGAACGGAAUCAUGAGGUCUUCAGUUUUUAAACUUGUAUAUUUAGAAAUUUUCUUUUUAUUAUUAUGAGAAGUCCUAUUUGUGAAAAAUCUUCAAAAAAAAAUCUAAAAGAACAUAAUCACUGAACUGAGUGAAUUUUUUGUGUUAAAGGAAGCCGAUCCGGAACUAUCGCAACUCCUGAACUUUUCCACGGGCCGUAGGGAAAGAGUGGAGAGUGUCAGCUCGGAAAUUUUCGUUUCUUUGGUUUGAAACUCAAAAAUUGAUUAUUUCUGGGGUCAUUUCCAGAUGGAUUCCACUCCGAAUCAAACGACGACUUCUGGAAAUGAAUACGACUUGGAAAGAGAAGCGAUCAUGAUGAUGGAUGACGCGAGGGAGGAAAUCGGCGCCGUUCAGGACCAGCAGUCAGGACUUUUCAAUAGAAAAUAGUGAAGAAAAAAUCUUGGAUUUCUAAUUCUAGGUAGAGAGAUCUUUUAGGGUCAUGCAAGAAUUUAAUGAAUAAUUGAAGAAUUAUGAGUGAACCGAACUAAACUUUCCAUUCAAAAUACCUAUGUCAAACGUUUGAUUUUUCAGAACUUAUGCUUCUGAAUUCCAUUUUUUUUAUAUUUUCAUUUGAAAAUUAUUGGAGAAAACAAGAGAAUUCAGUGAACUUCAAGUUUUUCAUUCAGACUCAUUGAAAUGUUCAACGACGAAAAUCUGGCCGAUUCCCUGGCCCAGCAACUUUCUUUUGAUGAAUACCCCAAAAUGAGGGUGACUAAGAAGAAACAUGGGACUUCAAAUAUAUGAUCUCAUUUCAGAACAACGGAAUAUUUGAUGGGGAAGUCGAUAAGCUCUGCGAGAUCAAGGAAAGCGUUGACCAACUCGCCGAGAAAUUGGAGCCCUUUUUAGAGUUUUUCGAUCGAAAUUGACACCAAUUUUUCAUGCUUUUUCAGAGAAGUCGCUCUGAACUCCUCGGAUGGUAUCCGACCUCUUGAAGAGUUUUUCGAAGUCGCUUCGUAUUUUGUGAACGAUUUGUGGGAAUCUUACGCCGAUAUCAUCGAUAUGGUCAUUUUCAUGUGUAUAGUCCAUUCCGCGCCAGCUUGUCACGACUUUCGUUUCCUUCCGAGCAAGAGAAUCAUUCGGUUCGAAGCGCGCGAAAUGUUACCAUAACUGAGUUUUUUAUUCGGCCUGAAGUUUCCGUCAUGUUCAAGGCGCAAUCAGAUAUAAAUAUCACGCGCAUAGAAAGUAAGGGCUCUGUAGAUCAGAGGAAAACAAAAAUCGUGACAAGCCGGCGCGGAAUGGGCUAUACAUAUUGUUGAAAAUUCUAUUUUUCUAAGUAAAUUAUCUUCUAAAAAGUCGUAUAAGUAUUUGUACCGCGGAAGAAAUGGAAAAGUUUGUUCUUGCAAUUUGUGUGAAUUUUAUUUUCCUUGACAGUUUUUGAAAUUUUGAUGCUUGACGAUAUUCACAAAAGAAAGGGAUAUAUCGAAAUUCAGUUACCCCAAAAACUUGAAAAUCUCAUUCAGAAAGUCAUCGUCAAAAAAUUAUUAAAUCUGCUGACUUUUUGAAGUGAUAUUGUUGACGCAAUCGCCAAACUCAAUUGUAUUUAUUUCAUUUUUCGAACUGUAAGCUCAUCUUUUUUUCCAAUUGAAUUUUUUUUAUUUUUGUCAUUAUUUUUCAACUCUAAAAAAAUUCAAAGCUGUGUAUAAACAUUUUUUUCAUUUUUCAGCUAAAAAAAUCGGCGACGAGACUCAUUUGCUCCGUUUCGCCAAUCUUGAACCCAUCAAGAAACGUUUCAAGUUUCAGAUAAGGACGGAGUGUCGAUAUUAUAAAAAAAAGUAAAGGAAUAAGACGCAUUAAUACUACAUUAAAAAAACUGAUUUUUGAGGUCGCCGAAGGAAAAACAAACAAAAUUUUGGUUCUGACAGAUCCCUCGGACAUUUCCACAUCAAGCUCAGAAUCCAUUGAGAGUCAACAGUUAAAAAAAUUGGUGAUGAAAAGUAUUUUUAAUUGAUUUUGAAGGGCUUCUGUGAGAGUUGGUGUGCAGACGGAGGAAAGUUUCCCGAGUGACAGGUUUUUUUUUUUGACUUGUCAAAGUUUUGAGAACUCCAGGAAAUUAAGCAAGGCAGAGCACCCUGAUUUCAACAAAAAAAAAACGGUUUUCCACGCUUUUUUGGAUUAAUCUCAAGGUGCUCUGGAGUUGCCAAUUUUCAUCAAAUUCUCAAGUUCUCGUAUUGCUUUUUUAAGUUGAUCGAACUGUGAUUUUUUUCAGACUACCUAUCGAAAACGCGGGUUUUACGAAUGCCCACAGCUUGAAAAAUGCGGUUAUCGCCAAUUUGGAAAGAGAACAGAAGCUGCUCGAAGAAUUACAUGAGAAAAAGUUUGUAUGGUUUUCCUACUGAUAUUUUGAGGCGAAAAUUACGCAUCAGGUCUUUUGAAGCGUGUUUUUUUAAAAUUUUUUUAAAUUUUGAAGGCUUUUUGGCUAUUAAAAAUUGAGACUCCUUAUGAAUAUGCAAUUGUGGAGAGACAUGAAAAAAACUCUAUAAGUUGGUUUUUAUUCCCAAUUCAAAGUUUAAUUUUUUUUUUUGUUCUGAUAAUGCCCUCAGAAAAAAAAUUGAGCGAAAUCUAAAAAAAAAAUGCUGAAAAUUCUUCAUUCUACUAAUUCUUUCUGAUUUUCAGAGUUAAUGAAAUGGAAAAACAAAUAGAAGAUUUGAACGCUGACAUUUCCAAAAGGGAUAUAGAAAUACAAAGACUCGCCGAAGUGUGUUCCCAGCGAAAAGAUGAGCUCAUCAAAGAAAAAGCUUUGAUGAAAAUUAAGUGAGUUUUUUUUAAUGUCUUGAGUCUAAGUUCAGAUCACCUUUCUUCAGCAGAUCACUAGAAUAAAAGUUAAUUUCAGAGAGGAGUCCGACAGUGAACGAGAAAAAUCACUCAACGGUUUGAUCCGGGAAAGAGACUCGACGAUCGCUCAAAUGACCGAGAAAGAGGGCCACUUAAGAAAAUUGGCGAUUAAUUAGUGAGUUUUCAAUGCUGCGUGUGGAACGGCUUGAAGCGUCCGACUAGAAACGACUUGUCUCUUAUCCAAAGUGUUUGAAAAUUUUGUUCAAGCCGCUCUGAGUCUUUCUUGGAACUGCGAUCGAAUUCCAGGACAAGCCCUAUGGAUUUUUUUUUUCAGCAGUGACAGGUUCAAAAAGUUAGAAGAAUCGACGGCAGCGAAAGAUUCAGAGAUGGAGACGCUCAAAAAACGUUGUGAGGAGCUGGAGGAACAGUUGAACAAACAGUCUGAGGAAGACAGAAGAUGACCAAUUGAAUUUUCGAAUUUCAGGUCAAGAGAAUUAGAAGAAAAAGCCGUUGAAGUCAAAAAACCAGCGGAAAGUUCAAAGGAUGACGGCUUGAGACGGGCCGAGGAAAUCGCUAAAAUUGCCGAUUCUUCUCUCACCAGCAUUUUCGCCAUUUUGCCUAUGUAGGGAUUUAUUUUCGAAAGAAAAGCGGAAAUCGAUAGAGUUGAAGAAAAAAGAUUUCCAAAUUUUUUUUGACGUUUCCAAAUUCAAGAAUUCAUUCAUAUGACUUUAGCGACAUCGGGAUCUUAUAGAAAACACCUUAUUUUAGUGUUCAGAACAAAAAAGCCCCUUUAGUGAGGACUUGAAGGCUAUUUACAUGACGUAGACGUUUCUCGUAGUUUAAGAUAUUUCAGGUUCACCAGCGCCAAUAAGAUGCAGGAAGUCGGUGUGAAACUGGAAUCAGUUCUGAACGAGCUUUUGCAAAUCGGCGAACUCGCCAAGGAAACUCUUUGUCCUUCUGACGUCGAACCCGUGGAAGUCAAACCUAAAGAAGUUUAUUUCGUUUUUCUCAACAAAUCCGUAAAAUUUCAAUUAAAUUCAGGAAGAGUGGAUUUUGAAACAGCCAAGGAAGCGUAAUCCUUCAGUUUCUGUUGUGGUUGAAGGUCGGCAUGUCUUUUAAAUCAGUUUUCAAGUUAAUUUCUCUUCAGAAGAGCUACCGAAAGUUGAAAAAGCCGAAGAAAUCCCUGAGGCGCCUGUCGCUGUUGAAUCGAAUCCAGUUGAAGAACCCAAACUAUCGGCGAAAGUUUCACCACGUUUCAAAGUUGGCAAAUUGAUCCAAAUUGGAACUUAUUUUGAAUUUUCAGCUCUUCGAAGCGUCGCAAAACGCCUUGAAUAUCGCUAGCGAUGCUAUCCGCAAGUUGGAUGUCAUAAUUGAAAAGUUUGUAUAAAUUAGUUCAUCAUUAGAGGUUCAAUGAAAAAGUUAGAUUGAAAAAUGUCAUUUUUCGAAGCUUUUCUUAGCCGUAAUCUUUUAUUAGCGAAAAGAAUAAAUUUUUACUCCUGCCAAAUUUUUUUAAAUGAUGGAUUACUUCUCAUCUUUCUUCAUUCAUUUUUUUCAUUGAAUCUUGAUAAAGAAUAUUUUUGAAAUUUCAGACUCGAAUCACACAACGGGAGCACAAUGAAGGAUGUCCGAACUCGCCUUCAAACUUUCAGAAAAUACAUCAUAAUUUUUGGAAAUGUUGCCGACGAUAACAUUCGUGCAUACGCUGUAAGCUUCUAGAAAUCCGAUUUUCAAUUUUAAUCAUUUUUUCUUUGAGGAAAAUCGGAAAAUGCAGCCCUUGGCAAUGUUCCCGAAGAUGGGAUGCGCCGAUAUGACUCUUGUCGAGUUUUUCUUCAAACACAGCUAUCAGAAUGGCCAGCAGAUGGUAGAAGUCGCGCAUAUGGCCAAUUUGGGUGCGUUACAUGAACUUGAAGGCGUAUGGGGAGCCUAAGCUUUGAUGUUCUUCGCUUGAAAAAAUUCUUAAAAACCCUCUUGCGUCUACAAAGUUUUUUUUUUUCCAGCAGAAAACCCUUUUAUGUUUCGCUGUGUACCUCUAAUUACACCUGUGAGUUUGACUAGUCUUGCCCAUUGCAAGGCCAUAGGCCAUAGGCACUUAGAGUGACCACAAUUUCGCUAAAUCGCUCGAAGGAGUAGGGUGGAGCCCCAAAAAUAGUUGUGGACUCAAUCCUGCGCCUCUUAAUUAUUCAAGCGAUGUAUCAACUUCAAAAGAUUCCGGUUUUUCAGAUUCUCUGGAGAGACCUCUACCGAAUUCAACACCACCCACUUCCUAUAUUCCCGUUGAAGAUCCACAGGCACUUUCGAAGUUCUUUAAAAAAAAAAAAUAAACAUUCAGAUCAAUCAAAAUCUGUUGUCUCGAGCAAAAAUCACCGCUGCUGUUGCUUCGAAAUCGGUUCAGAACUUGGAUUUGAUUCUGGCGAAGUGAGAAUUAGACAGAGAGAAUAAUAACUGCAAUAUUUUUCAAGGCUUGCCCCGUGGAAUGGCAAGGAGAUCGAUGAGGUGAAAAAACGGCUGGAACGGAUGAAAGAAGAAAUUUUUGUUGUAGUCAAUACUGCGAAAGAAAAUGAGAGUUUGAUCGGGCAGGUAAAAUGUGGAUUUGACUUAAUUUCGUAUUCCUUACAAAGAUUUUGAGUAUAUAGAAUGGAUAAAUAAGAAACUGAUCACGUGGAAGAUUAGACCAGUGGCUCAAGCACAGGCGAAUCGGGAAGGUACCAUAAUGUGUCCACAAAGGUACCUAUCAAAAUGGAUCUUGAAGACCCCAUAAUAUGUUCACCUCCAGCAUACCUUUAGCUAUACCUGAACCAUCUAGACGGCACUUCAGAGAUCUCAUUUUACUCAAAUUCAUCAGAGGUAUCCUCGUGGUACCAUCGUGAGAAUUCAGCCCCUGCGAUUUACCUCAGAGGUUCUCGCGAUACCCUUCCUCGAUUCGCCUACGGUAAGAUGGUGAUGAAGAGAGGUGAUGACUUCCGGGUAGCCACGAGUCGAAUGAGUUUGGGAGGGCGCGGUCACUUGAUUGUCCAAGCUUUCUUACGAUCUGUGGAAUCAGACCUUUAUAUAGUGGUCUAAUCCUCCACGUGAUCAUUUUCUUAUUAUUUCCACGUACAGAGAAAUUAAUGUCUUUUUAAAAACUUUUGCAUAUGGCCCUGCGGAACAGUAAUUUUCUUUUUUUUAUGCCAGUUUUAGGGAAACCAGAAUUUGAAACCGAUUCCGAAAUUCCCUACAAUGAGCCUGUUCGACAUGGCUUUGAUUGAAUAUUACAUCCAAGGUAAUAUACCCAAAUCAGCGAUGAAUCGUGAAUUGAGCAAUGUUCAGGUCCCAAAGAAAGUCACAAGGAAAGUGCGGGCUGGAAGUUUUCCGAAUCUCGAAAACCCACGGUUCGAUUCUACAAAUACUUUGGAAAAUUUUCAAUAAUUUCAGGAAGCCAAUAACAUUGGCGAGGAGUGCGCGAUUUGUUACGAAGUUUUGAACACUGAAGAUCGACUUUUCCAGUGUGACCACUGUACAAAGUAUACUCACCAUGAGGUCUGGGUAUCAUUGAAUUGUGUUUUAAAAAAGGAUUCAAUCUUUUUUUACCUGUUCAGUUUCUUGUCGAAGAUAUAUGUGAAGAAUAACACUAUUUGAGGCUGCAGUAUGUUUUGUUUGACUUCGAAAAAUAGAAAUCUUGAGUGAUUUGAAAAGCUGUUCAGCCAAAGUUCUUUUUAGAAAUUUCAUUUAGGACCUUUAAUGUUAUAAAAAUGGUCCAAAAUGAUUUUCAGUGCCUCGUGGAUUGGUUCAAAACGUGCCAGUCUUGCAUUUACUGCCGGGGACACCUCAAAGAUCCCGACGAGUUCCCCGAUCUUUCCUAA